AUGUACGCCGUCGAGGAUAGACAUCAUCCCGUCCCAGCUCCGCUCUCAAUGGAUCGCAUCUCUGCUCCGACCGUCCAGUACCCGUCAGGAUCCAACUCGCUGCGCCAAUCCGACCAUUUGGCACCCGUGACAAACUACCAAGAUGGUCGUUCCUGGUCAUUACAAGUGGUGCAGCAGCCGAUCCGGGCUCGCAUGUGUGGAUUUGGCGACAAGGACCGGAGACCCAUCACUCCACCGCCGUGCAUUCGGCUCAUUGUGCGCGAUGCGCAAACCGACAAGGAAAUCGAUAUCAAUGAGAUCGAUACCUCAUUCUACGUGCUCACCGUCGACCUGUGGAAUGCCGACGGUACCAACGAAGUAAACCUCGUCAAGCAUUCCGCCACCUCCCCCUCCAUCUCUACCGCCAUGUCCUCCUCAUACCCUCCCCCGCCUCAGAGUGUCUCUCCGACCUACCCGGGCUACAACCAGAACCAGUACCCUGUGGGAUACCCCCCGCAGAUGAACAACUACUACGGUGGUCAGCAGGUGGCCUACCAAAAUCAAUACGGCCAGCCAGUAACGUACCCCCAAUACUACUCCGGUGGUCAAAUGCCACCGUCCAUGUCGCCCGCUGCGCAGCCGGUCUCUGGUGGAGGUGGACCGGGUGGCAUGUUCACUCGCAAUCUGAUCGGAAGCCUCAGCGCCAGUGCUUUCCGGUUGACAGACCCAGACAACAAAAUCGGUGUGUGGUUUAUCUUGCAGGAUUUGAGUGUGCGGACAGAAGGCACUUUCCGUCUGAAAAUGAGCUUCGUUGACGUGGGUACCUCGUCUGCCGAAACUACCAACGGUCCCCCGGUCAUCAAUCACGGAACCGCACCCGUUCUAGCCUCGGUGUUCUCCGAACCCUUCCAGGUCUUCUCCGCCAAGAAGUUCCCCGGUGUUAUUGAGAGCACCCAGCUCAGCAAGUGCUUUGCGCUACAGGGUAUCAAGAUCCCCAUUCGCAAGGAUGGAGUAAAGGGCCCCCGCCGAGGUGGAGAUGGAGACGACGAUGAUGAAGGCGACUAUUAA